AUGGCUCGUGAUAAUCCAAAACGGAAAAGGAGGAUGAUAAUUGCAUGCCAACCUUGUCGACGAAGGAAGUGCAGUGGAGGAGAUCCAUGCAUACGAUGUAUCCACAAGAACACCAGGCUUGAGUGUUCUUAUCUUGAGGUCUCACCUACACUUCCUCUUCCAAAUGUGCCGCUUCCCGAGCAUUUCUCACUAGCACACGACCUCAUAGCGUUCAAGUCCCAACAAAUCGGACAACAACGAACGAGAUUUGAUUCUCUUGCGCUGCUCACCUCCAGGUUCAAACCUGAUCAGUCCUCGGACUUCAGCCUCGAACCUGAUCAGACCUCAGACUUCAACCUCGAAUACUCGAUAGCUAAGAUACCCUUCCGUUCAUAUCUUCGACAACGUACAGAGCGUGACAACCCUUUGAGCGAACUUUACCCAAGAUAUCUAUCCACUCGACAACUCCUGGAUGCCGGUCAUGUCAAAGCCGCUUGGAUCAAGCUUCCUAGUGUCAUUCGUUCUGCAGAAGCCUUGAAAGAAACCUUACGGGCACGCUUGACAGUGGCUACCGGAUCAAUCGUCUUUGAUUCAACGGAAAUGCAGGUCAUUGACGCACAUUCAACUUCUGGAGAAGAGGAUAUUGACGGACAUUCAACUUCUGGCGAACAGGAAAGUCUUACCGGUACCACUGGCGAACUCACAUUGAAGCAGAGCCUGCUCAUAUUGUGCUCUUUGACAGCCGUGUCCAGUGUCCACUACAAAAUCGGCGACCCGAGAUCGCUGGAGGACUUCCUCGAAAGGGAAGAAGAUGCAUGGCUUCCCAAGGUGGGAACGGAGGACUACAAGGGGCUCCAGGAUGAACGAACAGAACAGAUGAUCAGCUGGAACGGCUGUGCCUCAGCCUUUGACUUGGCCUUCCCAGAUGGGCCCUUCGACAUCGAGGAGCUGCGCAGCCAAUUGAGGCACAACCUUGAGGAAAUGAGCCAAUUGAGGCACAACCUUGAGGAAAUGAGCCAACUUCAGGUUGCCGAUGACUGCCCUCCACCAGUGACAGCGACAACGCUGGACCAAAGCACUUCGCGUCCUUUCCACUGGAAAAUGAGCCUCUGGCUUGUCCUGUUCAGUUGUGCAGUCAUUCCGUCUGGGCAGCUCUCCUCGACUUUCUGGGACACGGAGAGGCUCGAUUUGCAACAACUGGCCAAGUUUCUGAGUACGUCGCCACUGUUCCGAGACCCUCUCACCGCCACGAAGCUUGAGGACUGGAUUGGGAAGCUGAAGUUCUUGUUCUGUGGUGCUCUUUAA